GCGGAUAUUGUUUCAUCCACGUGUAUCUGAUCUGUGUUAGAAGAUGUACCUUUAUUAAGAUGACUGUCUUUUAUAAAGAAAUUCCUAAAGAAAUGGAGUGUGAACCAUUGAAUGAAGUUAAUGAGGAUCUGGAAGAAAAUGACAAUGACAGUAAUAAUGAAGAUUCCAUGGAAAGUGAUGAAGCAGAAGAACAAGAGGAUCAAGAUGAAGAACCUAAAGUGUAUUUACCUGGAAAACCCUUAAAAAGUGGAGAAGAACUUGUUGUUGAUAAGACAGCAUAUCGAAUGUUACAUCAUGCACAAUCUGGAGCUCCUUGUCUUAGUUUUGACGUUAUUUUAGAUGGCUUAGGCAAUAACAGAGAAAAUUAUCCAUUAAGUAUGUACCUUGUUGCUGGAACACAAGCUGCCAAGGCACAUGUUAACAAUCUUCUUGUCAUGAAAAUGAGUAAUCUGUGUGGUAUAAAAGAUGAUUCUGAUGAUGAAUCAGAUAAUGAUGAAUUAGAGAGUGAAGACGGUACAAAUACACCAGUAAUGUCUGUUGCACCAAUCAGACAUCAAGGUUGUGUUAAUAGAGUAAGAUAUACAAAAAUUGGUGAAACAAAUUUAGCAGCAAGUUGGAGUGAAUUAGGUCGUGUACAUAUUUGGAAUUUAGAGGAACAAUUAAAAGUACUUGACAAUGAUGAAUUGCUUCGUGCAUAUCGUAAAAAAUGUGAAAAAAGUGACGGAGGGAUUAAACCAUUAUUUAGUUUUAAAGGACACCUUUCAGAAGGAUAUGGACUUGAUUGGUGUUCAACAGAUAUAGGCACUUUAGCUUCAGGAGAUUGCAAAGGUAAUAUUCAUAUAUGGCAUCUCAGUAACAGCAGUAGUAGUGCAACAUGGCAUGUGGAUCAGAGACCUUAUAAUUCACAUGCACCACACAGUGUUGAAGAUAUUCAAUGGUCACCUAAUGAAAGACAUGUACUUGCUUCAAAGUACAGUUCAAUCAUCAAAGUUUGGGAUACAAGAGCAAGUCCACAGUCUGCUUGCAUGUUAACAACAUCUGGUACACACACUGCUGACAUUAAUGUUAUUUCAUGGAAUCAUAAAGAAAGUCAAUUUCUUGUAUCUGGUGGUGAUGAUGGUUUAAUUUGUGUAUGGGAUUUACGCCAAUUUGGUCCUAAUGGUUCAAGUCCAUUAGCUAUGUUUAAGCAGCACACUGCACCUGUUACAACAGUAGAAUGGCAUCCUGAAGAAGCCACUGUAUUUGCUUCUGGUGGAGCUGAUGAUCAAAUUGCUCAAUGGGAUUUAUCAGUAGAAGCUGAUCAAUCAGAAGAGAUAAACAGUGGUGAACUGAAAGAACUACCUCCACAGUUGUUAUUUAUACACCAAGGACAAACAGAUAUUAAAGAAUUACACUGGCAUCCUCAAUGCCCUGGUGCCCUAAUAUCGACAGCACAUUCAGGAUUUAAUAUAUUUCGUACAAUUAGUGUAUAA